UGACGUAGUCGCGCGCGCAUGUGAUUCAGACCCAACUAAUGGAUGUCAGAGAUGUGAGCAUUGUUUGUACUCUUCGAGUACUCUGCAGCGCCGAGGAGUACAGGGUUUUUAUUUUUUUUAAACUCUCCCAUUUCAAACUACUCUAAUCCCUGUAUGCUCCGAUUUCUCCCUCUAACCUGAGUCCAUUUCGUCUGGAUCGGAACCGGCCAUGACCGUGGAGCAGAAUGUCCUGCAGCAGCACUCUCAGAAGCACCAGCAGACAUUACUGAACCAGCUGAGGGAAGUUACUGGAACUACAGAUGUUCAGCUGUUACAGCAGGCACUGCAGGUCAGUAAUGGUGACCUAGCCGAGGCGGUGGCCUUUCUCACUGAGAAGAACGCCAAGGUCCCACAGCAAGAUGAAGCCACAUAUUACCAGACGGCCCAAAUCACCAAUGAUCGAUACAUCAGUGUGGGCAGCCAGGCUGACACAAAUGUAAUUGAUCUCACUGGAGAUGAUAAAGAUGACCUUCAGCGGGCGAUCGCUCUCAGUCUGGAGGAGUCAAACAGGGCCUUCAGGGAGACGGGCAUCACUGAUGAAGAGCAGGCUAUCAGCAGAGUCCUGGAGGCCAGCAUUGCUGAGAACAAGGCCAGCCUGAAGCGCACACACACAGAAGUAUGGAGCGAUUCACCCAACCCUCACGAUAGGAAGAGGCAGGAGAACUGUCCCGUAGGGCUGAAGAACGUGGGGAACACGUGCUGGUUCAGUGCAGUUAUACAGUCUCUUUUUAACCUGCUGGAGUUCCAGAGGCUGGUGUUGAAUUAUUCGCCCCCUGCACGGAUGCAGGACUUGCCCCGCAUUCAGAAGGAGCACAGGAACCUGCCCUUCAUGCAGGAGCUGAGGCACCUCUUUUCUUUGUUGGUGGGUUCCAAGCGAAAGUAUGUGGACCCAUCCAGGGCCGUGGAAAUCCUCAAAGACGCCUUUAAGUCCAGUGAAUCUCAGCAGCAGGAUGUGAGUGAGUUCACCCAUAAACUCUUGGACUGGCUAGAGGAUGCAUUUCAGAUAAAGGCAGAGGAGGACAGAGAGGGUGAGAAGCCGAAGAACCCGAUGGUUGACCUGUUUUAUGGCCGUUUUCUGGCUGUUGGCGUCCUGGAAGGAAAGAAAUUUGAAAACACUGAGAUGUUUGGACAGUACCCUCUGCAGGUGAACGGCUUCAAAGAUCUGCACGAGUGUUUAGAGGCAGCCAUGAUAGAGGGAGAAAUCGAGUCUUUGCAUUCUGCCGAGAACUCUGCCAAAUCAGGGCAAGAGCAUUGGUUCACAGAACUCCCACCGGUUUUGACCUUUGAACUGUCUAGGUUUGAGUUUAAUCAAACCUUAGGCCGACCUGAGAAGAUUCACAACAAGCUAGAGUUUCCCUCCAUGCUAUACAUGGACAGGUACAUGGACAGGAACAGAGACAUCACACGGAUAAAACGAGAGGAGAUCAGAAGACUAAAGGAGCACCUGACUGUUCUCCAGCAGCGACUUGAGAGGUAUCUGAGCUAUGGCUCAGGGCCCAAGCGGUUUCCUCUGGCUGAUGUUCUUCAGUAUGCCAUGGAGUUUGCGUCCAGCAAGCCUGUGUGCACGUCUCCUGUGGAGGACAUCAAUAAAACAGCACCACCUGCUGGCACGACUGCACAUCUGCCACCUUCUGCAUGCACAGGGGAGCAGCCGGAUACAUCUGUCCCAGCCGAGGGCUCCAGCUCUGGUCCACAGGCACAGCAACAUCAACGGGUUUUGAUCCAUAAACCGUUCACUCAGUCUCGUGUGCCCCCAGAUCUACCCAUGCACCCCGCCCCACGGCACAUCACAGAGGAGGAGCUGCGGGUGCUGGAGGGCUGUCUGCACCGCUGGAGGAGCGAGGUGGAGAAUGACACCAGGGAUCUGCAGGCCAGUAUAUCUAGAAUCCACAGAACCAUUGAGCUUAUGUAUUCUGACAAGUCUAUGAUGCAGGUGCCGUACCGGCUGCAUGCCGUUUUAGUCCACGAGGGUCAGGCUAAUGCAGGUCACUACUGGGCAUACAUCUUUGACCCACAUCAACAGCGGUGGAUGAAAUACAAUGAUAUUUCGGUGACAAAGUCAUCCUGGGAGGAGCUGGUGCGAGACUCGUUCGGUGGAUAUCGCAAUGCCAGUGCAUACUGCCUCAUGUACAUUGAUGAUAAGAAGCCCUUUCUUAUCGAAGAAGAGUUUGAUAAAGAGACAGGGCAGAUGCUCAGCGGCUUGGACAAGCUCCCUCCUGAUCUAAAGGAGUAUGUGGAGGCAGAUAACAAGCUCUUUGAGAGAGAGAUGAAGGAGUGGGACGCUCUUCAAGCACGCAAACUCCAGCAGGAGAAACUGGCAUUGGCCGCCGCCAGUGUGGCCGCCCAACCCAUGUGCACUGAACCCUGCCCUCCAGACAACACCGCAGCCCCUCAGCAUGACCCAGAGUACAUGGAGCAGCAGUCGCCCACCGGAGACUCCAAACACCUGCAGGAUGACACCGAGAGAGCCAUCAGCAAAGCUGCUGCUGAGCAUGAUGAGAAGAGUCCAGAGGCCCUGCUCAACACAUCUCAGUCAUCACAUCCCGACAGCGAGGUGACCUCUGACCCCUGUCCUCCCCUUGACCCUGAGCAGGACAACUCCGCCUCCUCUCCACCCUCACCUCAGCGGGUGGUGGAGGUGGCCAUUCCUAAUGUAGGAACCUUUGUCAUUCAGUCGAAGGAGGGAGGUUAUGAUGAUGAGGCGAUGAUGACCCCAAACAUGCAGGGUGUCAUAAUGGCCAUUGGCAAAUCCAGGAGUGUUUAUGACAAGUGUGGGCCUGAAGCAGCGUUCUUCAAGGCAAUGAAAGUAGAGUACACUCGUUUAUUGAGGUUCGCUCAGGAGGACACGCCCCCCGAGAGGGACUACCGACUGCAGCAUGUCAUCGUUUACUUGGUACACAACCAGGCACCCAAAAAGAUUGUGGAGAGAACUCUGCUCAUGCAGUUCGCUGACAGAAACCUUGGCUUUGAUGAGAGGUGUAAGAGCAUCAUGAAGGUGGCACGUGCUAAACUGGAGCUCAUUGAGCCUGACGAGGUGAACAUGGAGGAAUACGAGAUGUGGCAUCAGGAUUACAGGAAAUUCCGUGACACGACAGUACUUCUGUUAAUUGGCCUGGAAUUAUUCCUAAAGAAAAGUUACGUGGAAGCAUUGAUGUACCUGAUCUACGCCUAUCAGUACAACAAAGAGCUCCUGGCAAAAGGGCCAUACAGAGGCCACGAUGAGGAGCUGAUCACACAUUACCGCAGAGAGUGCCUGCUAAAGUUGAACGAACAUGCGGCUGUCCUCUUUGAGACAGGCGAGGAGAUUGAAGUGAAUGCAGGUCUGAGCAUCAUGAAUGAGCUGGUGGUGGCCUGUAUUCCACUGCUGCUGGUGGAUGAGAUGGAGGAGAAAGACAUGGUGGCUGUCGAAGACAUGAGGAACCGAUGGUGCUCGUACCUGGGCCAAGAAAUGGAGCCGAAUCUCCAGGAGAAGCUCACCGACUUCCUUCCCAAACUGCUCGACUGCUCAACAGAGAUCAAAAGCUUUCAUGACCCUCCCAAACUACCUUCAUACUCCACGCUGGAGCUUUGCGAGCGUUACGGCCAGGUCAUGACGUCGCUCACCCUGAAUCGAACCCCCGCAGAUGGCAGAUGAGCUGCGCAGACUUUGUCUCCCUUCACUAACACACGCCUUCCUUAAAGCAGGGGUGUCCCACAUCUACCGACCUUUCUUUUCUCUAUUGCUGCUAGAGAUUUUAUCUUUAUCCUUAUCGGUAUUAUUAAUAUUAUUUUGAGGAUUCUGUUAUAUUUUAAAGCUAACGCAACAGUAAGAACAGUGUGAAACUGUACAGAGACGAAGAAGCAGCAUUAGAAGGAUAGUUCACCCGAAAAAAAAAAAAAUUGGGUCAUCAUUUAUUCACCUUAUGUUGUUCCAAACCCAUAUGAAGGAGAUGUCUAGCAGAAUGUUCAAGCUGCUGGUGCCAGGGACAGCCGUGGUUGCAAAGAAGAAAAUCAUAUGGGCUCUAAACUACUUCAGGGUAAAAAAAAUGAUGAUGGUUUUUAUUUUCGAGUGAACUUCAAAGCGAAUAGUGGUAUCAUGAUGGCGUUUUAGACAUUGGCGCAUGCAGCUUUAGCUUUGUGAAACGAGGUUGAGGAUUCAUUUCAAUAUUUGUUUUAUUUUCAUUUGAUGUUCCCCCGGAUCAACCUGCCGCAGUGCCCUCGGUUUUUUAGUGUUACUUCAUUGUCUUGUUUAAUUUAGUUUUUUCUAUGGAUGGUGAGUCAAAAAGCUGGAGCUCUCGGACGGGUCUGCGGACCUGACAACUGGGACUUUAAUACAAGUUUUAAGUGCUGUGGUUUGCAGCCAUGGGAAAUACUGUGGCUUGUUAAUAAAUUGAGAGAAUAAAAUUUUAUUUAUGGCUCUUUUAGGCCAGAAACAUAUUUUUUUAAAUGUUCCUAAUCUUUAUUGAACUUCGCAUUGAAUGAAACUGUGCUGUACUACUUUGGGUAUCUCAAAGAGAACAGAGUAUGUUUUCCCCAUGGACUGCACCUGAAUCCUUUUUAGACUCUUCCUGGGUUAGGUUUACCACAAAAAGUUUCAUAGAAACUGAAAAGGCCUGGUAUUGAGUUUAAGGGGCAAACACUACUGCUUUCCCAAAGAAAACUGGUAAGAACACAGUACUAUACUGAAUCUUUCACAGUCAGUUGCUGUGCAUUCGUAGUAUAAUGUGCAGAGUAAAUAUGCUUUGUUGCAUUGUUUCAGGAUAGUUUCAAGUGGGCUUUGAUGCCAAGCAUCAACUAAAACUGAAAGUUUAGUGUUAACACUGGUGGAAAAUUCCCGAAUUGAUGCACUCAGCAUCAUUAUUGUACAUACUUACACCCUUAUGUUUGUGUCAAAAAGUUUUUCGUUUUGUUUUUCUUUGACCAGAGCAGCUUGUUAAGCACAUAUGACUUUCAAGGCUAUUAAACAAAGCUGACACAAAUAAACCAACCAAAACUGACUGUAAA